CGUCCUCGCUGGGUUUCUUCUCUGCAUCGUUGCUUAGUGGGUUUGGAGUCACAACUCGUUCGUUAGCUGUAAUAGAGCUUAAUUUGGUCUGGGUCUUUUUUCAUUUGUAUGUAUGAUGGUUGGUAUUGGAGGAUUGGGGAGUUCAGUUGAGGGCUGGAGGAUUGUUAGUUGGGAAAAUCCCGAUUAUACGAGAAUAUUGCAGAGACACGUCAUUCUGAAGCUGAUGCUAUGAAUGAUAAGUAGUCACCUGGUCGGCCUAAAGGUGUUGAAGUCUAGCAAAUAAGGGGAAUUUUCAAUUUCAUCUGGUCAUCUUCUAGAGCUGAUUCACUCUGUCGUCCUCGGUGGAGGUUGGAUACAGCAGCGGACGUGUAGGAUAAGUACUUUCAUCAUCAGGCAGUGGAGUGGUCGUCUUACCGCAUGGCCAAUGACAGGUCCACUCCCGACGGUGAUACACCAGUCGAGAGAGUUGCAAUAUCGGGUGCAGCUCUUGCAGCCUUGUUACAAGCAGUGAAUUCCUCGUUAGGUGAUUGUGAUGGUGUUCUGUUUGGUCAUGUUGAACGCAACACGACAUCAACAAUGGUAGACGAAGAUGUUGGCCCACAGACCUCUCACGAUUCUACAGCUAUUGUUACUGGUCAUUUUUGUUCUGGGGGGCUGGCUAGCUUCUAUGACACCACUGGACGCAUCGAUGCAGCAAAAUUAGCUCAAAUGGUUGGAGAUAGAGAAUCCAGGGGUGGAGAUGUUCCUAUAGGUUGGUUUGUUGGGCGAAGGGAGUCAUCCAUGAGACCGUCUAUGCGAGAAUCAACUGUUACAGCUAACUUGCGCAACACACAAUUUAGUGUACCUGAAGAUGCCCCGGUUUCUCCUACGCUCAACUCUUCAAAUGGCCUUCUUGGAGAGGAGAGUGAUCUGAAUAGGAAGGAUUUGAAGCCAAUCGGAAUUCCUCAUUCUUCUCCUUGUCUUUUCUUUCUCUUUACGGAGUCCAGUGAUACAAAUUCCAUACAUACCCAUGAGUAUCGUGCAUUCCAGUAUCGAACUAAACCCAGAGGAGUUGGCUGCUUUGAAAUUCGCUCCGUAAAAAUUGUAAAUAUCGGUCCAGCGUUUCGAGGGUUAUACGACUCUUUUGCGCCUGUGGCACCCUUUCCUUGGUUUUCGAUGACUUCGGCUUCGGAUGGUGAGAGCUCCGACGAGAGUUUAAGAAAAUUGACAAUGACUUCUCAAAAUGCGGAUGUACAAAUGGAAGGGGCUAAAAAGGUGAAUCAAUCUCUUCUAGACAUGUACUCCCAAGAUUUCUCAGUUGAUAGAUUGCACUGUUUAAUCAAAACAGAAGGUGACGGAGGGAGCGUUAGGGAGCUUGAAGCUUUAUACAGGACCAUGCUCAGGAAGCUUGAUGUGUUGGCAAAGCAAGUCUGUGAAGGCAAUGAAGCCAUUUUCGAGCAGGAACUGGCAAAUUCUAAACUUAGAAUGGCUCUUCAAUCUGCUGGAAAGCGAUGAUAUUGGGAGACUUAGGCGGUUUGAGUAGACUUAGCAGUCCCAAUCCACUGAUUGUUCAAUCGAAUGUUGUGCAGAUGUCUGCUGAAGUUCAUUUAGUUGAGGACUUCAUCAAGUAGAUGCAGAUUAUUGAGAUAGGUCGAUGCACCUUGGUAGAGAGGAUACUGUUUGUGUUACAACUUAUGUGCCCUUAGAAUAGUACAGAAUUAGGGCUUUGCAUAUUUCAGUAGUGAUUCGUUUUGUCCCAGAAGGGGUUCAUUUAGUUCUACCUCGCUUUCAUGUCUGUCAAUUUGUUCAACAAAUUGGGAGUCUGUUGAUAGUCCUUUACCGUAGGAAGGUUCAAGUACAUUUUGCAGUCCGGAAAUUAGAGAUAGAGGCACAAAAUUCUUGGACUUUACACCUGUGUUGUGCCGCAUAGUUUGGACAAUUGCAUUCGUAUACGUUUAUUUGAGUCCUAGUUAGAGCCCGUCGGCUUAGUCGGGUGUACAAACAAAAUAGUUCUUACUGUCAUUCAAAUGAGGAUGAAGAAUAUGUUGCUCACCAUGAAUCAGCAACUGUACAUUUCAGUUUUUCAAUUCUGAUCUAAACUGUUAUUUCGCUGGGA